ACCUUUCGACUGGGUUGACAUAAUUAUCACGUAUUGUUGACGCUAUAAAAUGAAUUAAAUUCAGGCACAAGAAUAUCAGGAACAGUGUAACGAACGUCUUCAAGAGAAUAUCAUGAGAACAUGAGCAGCAGGAGAACGAGACAUAGCCACAGUAGGAGUACAGGAACAAUAAAUUUCAAAAAUGCCACCGAAAAGAUCUAGCCUCAACAACGCGAGCAGCAAAGGGUCACGACGCAAACGUGUUGAAAGAGCUCAGCAAAUACCAGAACAAAUCGAAACAAGAAAUGCAGCUCAAAGAAUCAGGACUGCAGAAAGUCGUGCACAAGAAUCUCAAGAACGGCGUGACGAACGUCUGCAACAGAAUAUUACGAGAACAAGAGCGGCACGAGAACGAAACAUAGCUACAGUACGAGUACUAGGUCGACAAAGGCAACGAAUCAGCCGCUCAUUAACACGUGCAUCAUUCGUUCGGCUUGCCUAUGAAUAUGCACCAGAUAUUAACUACUCAGCUCAUUCAAAAAUUGCUAUCGGUGGAAUGGAUAAAGUAUGUCAAUAUUGUCAGGCAUUGAAAUUUCGGAAUGAAGCAGCCGGCAUGUGCUGCGCAUCAGGAAAAGUUGUACUGUCACCUCUACCCGCUCCGCCGGAGCCUUUAUUAUCUCUUCUUACUGGCAAUUCAGAUGAUUCCAAAUUAUUUUUGCGUAAGAUACGCAAAUUUAAUUCUUGCUUCCAAAUGACAAAUGACGUAAUUUUGAAACUACAUUCAAAAUUCAAGGCCAGGUGUACCAUAAAAUCGGAUCCUUGAUGCCAAUGCCUGAUAACAAUCCGAAAUUUCUUCAAAUUUAUUUUAUGGGCGAUCAUGAAGAGCGCGUGACGACUCGGUGCCUGUAUAAUUUUAUUGAACAAGCAGACGGAAGAGCAAUUGUGAUAUUAUUGGAAAAUUUUUUAGAAGAUCACAAUCAACUAAUUCAAUUGAUCAAAAGAGUUUCGCCACGACUGCAAAAUGACAAUUAUCAAAUCGUCAUAAAAGCCGACAAAGUACCAUUAGGUGAACAUGCUGGUAGAUUCAACGCUCCAACUGUUGAUGAGGUUGCUGUUAUCAUGGUUGGUGAUCUAGUUGACAAAAGAUCUAUAAAAAUUACACGGCGAGACAACACUGUCAGUACGAUUUCGGAUCUACACCGUUCAUAUGACGCACUACAGUAUCCAUUGAUAUUUUGGCAAGGACAAGAUGAAUAUCACCUUAAUAUCAAACAGUAUGAUCUAAAUACCGGUGAUUACAGUAAUAAUGGUUAGACAACAUCAAGAUAAUUAUAUCCUUCGAUAUCGUCAGCUGUUCCAUCAAUACAUUGUUGAUAUGUAUGCUAAGGUCGAAAGCGAACGCUUGCGAUUCCUUCGAUUCAACUAGGCAAAACUACGAUCGGAAGAAUAUAUUCACUUACGAGAUGCUGUUGCUGGAAACAUCGAUGGAAAUGUAAAUCUCAAUGACAUCGGUAAUGCUUUCAUUUUACCUUCAAGCUACAUCGGCAGUCCACGGAACAUGCAGGAAUACAUAAAAGAUGCGAUGACUUACGUACGUUAUUACGGCCGACCGGAUUUAUUUAUUACAUUCACAUGUAAUCCAAAUUGGGAAGAGAUACAAACUUUACUAUUGCCAGGACAACAAGCCAUUCAUCGCCAUGAUUUAACUGCACGUGUGUUUAAAAAAAAUUUCAUAAUUUCAGCCGAAAUUCCAGACCCAUUAAUUGAUCAAGAAUUAUUUGAUAUUGUCACCAAACACAUGAUCCAUGGGCCAUGCGGUGCUUUCAACAUGACGUCACCGUGCAUGGAAAAUGGAAAAUGUAAAAAAAACUUCCCAAAGCCGCAUACGAAUGACACGAUCACGGAUAUUGAUGGUUAUCCAAUGUAUCCAAUGUAACACAUUUAUAAUGCGACUGCCGAACUUUCCAAAUCAAGUUGAGUUUGAUAAUCAGUGGGUGGUACCAUACAUUAGCAGCAAUGAAGCUAUUUGGCAUAUUCUCAGCUUUCUCGUCCACGAAAGAGAUCCUGCUGUCCAACAUCUGGCUAUACAUCUUGAAAACGGUCAACGUGUAUACUUCACUGAAGAAAAUGUUCUCCAAAGAGCGUUCGAAGCUCCGAAAACGACUCUUAACUGAAUUUUUUACAUUGUGUCAAAAACCUGAUGUUUUUGGCCAAUUUGCGAAGACAUUGGUGUAUGGUGAUGUUCCACGUUAUUUCACAUGGAACAAAUCCAGAAAAAAAUGGGAGCCACGGAAACAAGGAAAACCACAUCCUUCCAUUACAGGCAUAUUCAAAGCUAAGACAUUGGGGAGACUUUACACGGUACAUCCAAAGCAACGUGAAUGCUUCUAUUUACGUUUGUUAUUGGUGAAUGUUCCCGGACCAACGUCUUUUGAAUUUUUGCGAACAGUUAAUGGUCGAGUAUUCAAUACAUACCAGGAUGCAUGUCGUGAACUGCAAUUGCUAGAAGACGAUAACCAUUGGGACUUAACGCUUGCCGAUGCUGCGUUGACAUCAACACCGAAUAACAUUCGUCAGUUGUUUGCAAUUAUUUUGACGACAUGUUAUCCCUCGCAAGCACAAACUUUGUGGGAAAAAUAUAAAAAUUGUAUGACAGAAGACAUCUUGCACCGAAUGAGACAAACAAAUCAAUGCCAAAACAUAGAUUAUACACCAGAGAUGUACAAUGAAGCAUUGGUCUUUAUCGAGGAUUUAUGUGUUCUUAUUUCAAAUUUACCGCUUAAUCAUUAUGGUAUGCCAACACCUAAUCGUCCAGCCACCGACUUAGUCAAUACCGAUUUGCAACGAGAAAAGCAAUAUGACCAUUAUCAUGAACAGUGAACCAUUACUGACAGCAGAACAAAAAAUUAUUCAUGAUUGGAUUAUGUUGGCUGUUGCUGCUGAACAAGGCGGCUUUUUUUUCUUGGAUGCACCCGGUGGAACCGGUAAGACAUUUUUAAUAUCGUUGAUUCUUGCCAAAAUACGGUCGCAACAAAAAAUCGCAUUAGCAGUAGCAUCGUCAGGCAUUGCGGCUACUUUACUGGAUGGUGGGCGAACAGCACAUUCAACAUUCAAGAUGCCAUUGGACGUUAAUAAUAAACCAGAUGCAAUGUGUAACAUCAAAAAGAAUAGUGGAAUAGCUGCAGUGUUGCGGAAGAGUUCUAUAAUAAUUUGGGAUGAGUGCACAAUGGCACACAAAUAUUCACUUGAAGCAUUAAACAGAACUAUGCAAGAUUCAAACAGCAAUCAUAAACUGUUCGGUGGUGCUAUCUUACUUUUGUGUGGUGACUGCUCUACUUUCGCGGAUGAGAUUAAUGCAUGUUUGAAACAAUCAUUCUUAUGGCGAAGUGUUGAAACACUUCGAUUGACAAUAAAUAUGCGAGUACAAUUGCAAAAUGAUCAAUCAGCACAAAUAUUUUCCGAACAACUACUAGAUAUUGGGAACGGUAAAAUAGAACUGCAACCAAAUACGCAAUGCAUUAAACUACCAGACAAUUUUUGCACUGUUGUUCAGGAUAAAAAUGAAUUGAUUCAGAGUAUUUUCCCGGAUAUACAUAAUAAUUAUUUGAAACAUGAAUGGCUCAGUCAACGGGCGAUUUUGGCAGCCAAAAACGUUGAUGUUGACGAAAUUAACUUCCAGAUACAACAGUUGUUACCAGGCGAUCAGAUGUCUUUUAAAUCAAUCGAUACUGUUGUUGAUGAAAAUGAAAGUGUUAAUUUUCCGAUCGAAUUUUUAAAUUCAUUAGAUAUCCCUGGAAUGCCACCACAUAAUCUUCGAUUAAAGAUUGGUUCCCCUAUUAUUCUCCUCCGUAAUUUGAAUCCACCUCAAUUAUGCAACGGUACGCGUUUGGUCAUCAAAAAGAUCACCGGAAACAUUCUUGAAGCAACCAUUUUGGCUGGGAAGUUUAAAGGAAAAGUGGUUCUGCUGCCACGUAUUUCGAUGAUACCAUCAGAUUCUACCAUACCCUUCAAAAGGCUACAGUUUCCAAUUCGUUUAGCUUUCGCCAUGUCUAUCAAUAAAUCUCAAGGUCAAACAAUGUCCAUUUGUGGUUUAGAUUUGGAAAAUCCAUGUUUUUCUCAUGAGCAACUAUAUGUUGCGUGUUCACGUGUUGGAAAACCAUCGAAUCUAUUUGUUUUAGCUAAAGACAGGUUAACCAAAAACAUUGUGCACCGAUUGGUGUUAAAUUAAAUUGAAAUUGAAAGUAUUUAUAUUUUAAAAAAUAGAUAUUAAUGUUUAAAAGUUUAAGACUGUCUGCCUUGCCUACCUCAUUCAUGAGUUUGAGCGUCACAUAU